AAAAAGAUCGAAGCCCAAAUUCCCCCGAUCCCCAUCAAGGCGUGCAUAAACUCCUCCGAUGCGCUGCUACAGAUCGGAAACGCCUCUCUCGGCAAUCAUGCUUUUGAUCCCAAAUCAGAACCCCCCCGUUCCUCUCUCCCCUCAAUCCCCCUUCGUCAUCUCGCUAUUGAUCCCAAAUUAUUUCGCUCCCAAAUCGCCUCGCGGGCUGGUAGCCACCGACCAGCGGAGGCGCGAGGCGGGCGGCUCGCGCGUCAUGAAUGGCCACGCUCGUCGGCGAUGCGCGACGCAGAUCGUGGAGCCGCCGUCGCUGUCGACGGCGAGGACGAGGCCAGGCGCCCAGGCGGGUGGGUCCUCCCUCGGAAUGCCCCUGGGAGUUACGGCCUCCGCCACCACCCGAUCCUGGCCGUUGAUCGCAGGUUUGGUAUUCCCGUAAAUCACGAGGUGAGCCAGGGGCAGAUAUGGUAACUCAUUCGGCCAGGUUGGAGGAAGUUUUGUUUGGUGUUUUUUUGCUUGCGUUGCUGGUUGCCAAUCUCACUUAUCCUUCCCUUUCCCCGAAUAAAAAAUUCUGUUAUUAAUUAUUUAAUUACGAAAUCUCGAUUUUUUUUCCUUUCUCUCUCCGGGGUGGCGGACGUGAGGGGAGGAAUCAAAUCGGGUUGAGGGCCGGCUGAGUCCGCUUUAUCGGCUCACGUUGCGGCCUCCGUUUCCUCCCCUUUCUCUCCCUCCCACCUCUCCUUCUUCCUUCCUUCUCCCUCCCCCUCGCCCACCUCCUCCACCUCUCCCGCCACCGCCGCCUACGUCUCUGCAUGCGCAGAUCAGCGCGCACCGGCCCCCGCAGAGCCCGCCUCUCCGCCCUCCGACUCUGGGCGGCGCAAGGGAGCGUCUGCCCACGCCGCUGCGGCGCUUCGCAUCGCUUCUGCUGCUUCCUCGCCGUCGGGCGGUGCGCGACUCCCCUGCCCGCGCUGCCUCUCCGUCUUCUCAAGGGUGGACGCCCUUGCCCUGCGGUUCCCAGUGCUGCCUCCGCCGUGGAACGUGAGCCGUACCCCCGGAUACGAGGUCAGAGACGCUGCGGAGGUGGCUUUGCCGCGCGUAUGUGAUUCGCGGCGGCGGCCGGAGCUGGGUACAGGCGCCGCUGGGACGACGACGACGGCGCCUUGGAUGCCUCCGCCGCCGCCGGAUCGGAGGGACUAUUUGUACAGGGAGGGUCGCAGGCACGACGGCGGCGGCGGGGGCGACCCCCUCCCGCCGCCCGCCCCCACGCCGCCACGGUGGCGGGACUCGCCGUACCACCCGCCGCCGCCGCCUCCCUUGCGUGACCAUGCACGGCCCUCGCCCCGCCGGACGCCUUCGUCGGCCUCCUUAGAAGGUUACUACCGACUGGGCGGCGGCGCGUAUGACCGCUCCCACCCUGAUGAGCCGCCGCUCGGCUACACGCCGUCGCGCUCAGACCGGUAUUGGCUUGAAGACGACGGCGGCGGAUACAAGGGUUUCGGCCGGUAUGGUGGCGGCGGCGGACGAAGGGACGGCCGUGACAUGAGGGGGUCGUACCGGAGGUCGCCGUUCAGGGGCUACGGCAGCGAGUUCUCCAGAAAUCACCAGGACCAGCCCCCUCCGCCACUACCGAGGAGGUCUCCGCUGAGGUCAGUCGCUGUCCCGACCUGCUAUGACCCUCCGGGCAAUAGGAUUGACAAGGGGGAUAGGGACAACCUCCCACGGGUGACUCCAUGGCGGCGAAGGGAGAACAGAUCUGAGGUUGCGGACGCUGCUGGGACUGGACCUGUGUCUGGUGGCCAGACCACUCGGCCCGCGGCCUCAGAAAAGGAGGUUUCAGCUCAGCCUCCGGCUGUGGCAGCUUCUCAUGGGGCCGAGGAGGAAGCUCCAAGGAAGAAGGCCCGGCUUGGAUGGGGGCAAGGUUUGGCCAAGUAUGAGAAGCAGAAGGUGCAAGGCCCUGCGGAUCCUGCUGACGCUGCUGCUGAUGGGAGCCCGGCUGAUGCUGAACAGAAGCCAACUUCCUCUGCACCUGCACCUGCACCUGCCCUAUGCGCAUCUCCGGUUGCUGUAGUAUCACCUGCACCACCAUAUUGUUCCUCAGCACCUGAAGAUAAAUCCUGUAAACUGAUGGCAAAUACGGUCACGAAUCCUAUUAUAGAUGUCCCUGGAGUUGAUGAUCAAGCUUGCAACAAUGAAUUCUCCAUUAAGUUAGAUCAGCUCGGUGAUGAUCCUAUUGAUUCUCUGGCAAACAUGCUUGCUGAACUUAUUCAACAUGAUGAUUCUUGUUCUGGGGAUUCGAAAGGGCUGACCAGUACAAGUAAGCUGUUGCUACUGAAGGAAAGCAUUUCAAAGGAGAUUGAAAAGACUGAACUUGAGAUCGAUUCGUUGGAAGGUGAACUCAAAUCUGUGAAUAUUGAGGCUGGAACAGCUGUUGAAGGUUCUCCCACAGGUGUCACAUAUGCAGAAAAUCUUUCACCUUCUAGUGGGACAUCAAAAGUUCCUGGUAGUGCGGAGAUCUGUGAAACGUCUCAUGUGAAAGAACCGGGGGAGCUCAUCCCUUGCCCCAAGAUACCUAUGGUGCAGGAUUCUGAUGUCAAAGGUGCUGAAGUGAUGCAAAUUGAGACAGCUCCAGUUCACAAUGCAAAAAUAGUUUCUACAGAAGAGAGCAUUGCCCCUGUAGUUCCUGAGGGUCAGGCCUGUGCAGAUGCUGAUGUUGGCCCAUUGAAGGCUUCUGAAGGAGCUGGACUUCGAAUUGAUGUUGGCAAUGAGAGGUUGGAAACUUCUUCAUGCCAUGUUAGUGCUGAUUCCAUGAAACCAGACGGUAGUGGUGACCUAUCAGUGAGGCAGUGCUCAUACCGCAAUCAUGCAUAUAACUUAUUGGCUUCACUUACAUCUUCCAACAAUGAUAUAGCCAAUGUAGCGAAUGAAUCGGUAUUUAAACCCUUGCCUGCUGAUACACCCCGCCUUAAUUUAUUGGCAUCCAGUCAUCUUCCCAGCCAAAGGAAGAAUGACACGAUUAUCAAAGGGAGGCUUGCAAUAUGUAAAAAUAGGCUUAGGUCCAAAGAGCAGUUUCUUACCUUUAAGUUCAGGGUAAUGCGUCACUUGUGGAAAGAGGAUUUGCGACUACUUUGUGCAAGGAAACAGCGCUCAAAGUCUAAUAAGCGCAUUGAGCAGAGCAACCGGGCAUCACAAAUUGGAUCUCAGAGGCAACGCUCCUCUAACCGCUCCCGAUUAGCCAUGCCUGCUGGUAAUUUAAGUACAUUCUCCACUCCAGAAAUGUCAGAUGUUGCAAGCAAGUUGUUUUCGGAAUUUCAGAUUAAGCGCUGCAGAAAUUACUUGAAAAUGCCAGCACUCAUUAUAGACGAGAAAGAGAAUGAAUGUUCGAGGUUUCUCAGCAAGAAUGGUUUGGUUGAGGAUCCUGUUUCAGUUGAGAAGGAGCGGAUUAUGAUAAAUCUGUGGACUCAAGAAGAAAAGGAAAUAUUUAUGGAGAUGCUUGGUAAAUUUGGCAAGGAUUUCUCCAAAAUCUCCAGUUUCCUUGUUCACAAAACAACUGCUGAUUGUGUGGAGUUCUACUACAAGCAUCAUAAAUCUGACAGUUUCCGAGAAGUGAAGAAACUUUUGGAUCUUCGUCAGCAACAUCAACCCACAAGCAAUUAUCUAGGGGAAAAAUCUGGAAACAAAUGGAAUCCUGAGGCAAAUGCCGCUUCUCUUGAUAUGCUCGGGGUAGCAUCAGUAGUGGCGGCCCAUGGCCUUGAAUAUGCAAACAGAGUGGAGAAAAUUUCUGCAAAAUCUCUCAUUCGGACUGCAUAUGGGUCCAAUGUUUCUUUCAUGGCCAAAAAAUCUUCCAGCCGGGAGUAUGUUGAUAAUGUACCUUUGCAUGAGAGAGAAUCUGUAGCUGCUGAUGUGUUGGCAGGCAUAUGCAGCACUCUUUCUCCAGAAGGAAUGGGCUCAUGCAUUACUAGUUCUGCUGAUCCUGGUCAGAAGAUUAGCAACACAAGAAUGGAGCAUGUCUUAACCCCAGAAAUUGACAAAAAUGUCGAUGGCACACUCUCAGAUCAAGAAUGUGAAGUUGACCCAGUUGAUUGGAAUGAUGAUGAGAAGUCAAUUUUCAUUGAGGCCGUGAAUAAUUAUGGGAAGGACUUCGCUCAGAUUUCAUCAUGUGUGAAGAGCAAGUCGUAUGAACAAUGCAAAGUAUUCUUCAGCAAGGCUCGGAAAUCACUUGGUUUGGAUUUGAUCCAUCAAGGGGCAGCUGAUGUUAGUAUGCCGACUAGUGAUACCAAUGGAGGGAGAAGUGAUACCGAUGAGGCUUGUGCUGCUGAAAUGGAUUCAGCUAUUUGUAGCACGCAUUCCUGUUCAAAAAUAGAGAUGGAUGCAUGCCCUACUGAAGGAAUCAUUCAAGGGCCUAACUCUGGUACCAUCUCUAAACAUCCAGAAGGUGCUAUAUCAAAUGGGUGUGAUGUUGUAGAUGUUAAACUCGAGGAGGGUGAGAACAAAGCAGAUAAAAAUUGCAGUCUUGUUGAUCAUAAACGGUUCAGUGAAGCCAGUCAUCAACCCGCAUGUGGUCCUAUUGACAUCAAUUGUCCUGAAAGCACAGAGAAGCUGCAAGGCACAGAUGAUGUUGUUGACCAAGUGAAUACGCACAACAAUAGUGCCAUCAGCUCUUCAACUGAUCAAGCUAUGAUAGUGCACUCAGAAGUUGGAACCAGUUUACAUUCUAUUGAAGUGCUUCAAACAAACAAAGCCCCUGAAGGGUUUGGUGUUGAUGUUUCCCGAAUGGAAGGAUCUUCACAUCAAGCUCUUGAUAAUGCACCAAUGAAAGCUGGAAAUUCUGGUGCCUCCGCGUGCUUAGCUGUGGAUAAUGGCAUUAAGGACAACAUUCUCCACUUCUCAAACAUGACUGCUGCUUCCUCCGUUAGUCCUGCAUUCACUUCAAGUUAUCAGCAGCCUAUGCCAGGAGAUAUGCCCCCAUUGAAACCAAAGCCUCAGGUUACCCCCCUUACCCCAAAGGACUUAAUGCCUGUACAGUUCAGUUCUGUGCUUCCUGAUCCUACCUCGAUUCGUUUUGAAGGCAUAGCCUCAAUAACUACUCCCAACUUUGAGGACAAUGGCAACAGAGUCAGCAGUGCUUUAGGGGCUAAAGACAUGAACACAUACUCAUCUUUUAAAGACCAAUCUGGUAAUCAGCAUGCCACUUUGUUUCGUAACAUUGAUGGUUACACAAAUCAUCAUCUGACAACUGAAUUACCAGUUUUUUCUGAAAGAACUACCAGUGGCCCUGUGGGUACUUCUCAGCCUGAUCGGUUCACAAUAACAAAAUUCCAAAAUGGCAGGUCCAGCUGCUUGGGCCUUCCAAACACUACUGGUGGGACCCAAUGGACCAGAAAUAACGAGGAAGUACUGGAAGCGUCGCUGAAGCCUUGCUCUCGCAAUACAAGCUCCGAGGGUGAUGAGCAACUAAAGCGUCCUGGUGAUGUGAAGUUAUUUGGGCAGAUUCUCAGCCAUCAAUCAUCCUUGCAAAGUUCUGGCUCAUCAUCUAAUGGUAGCAGAAACAAGCCUCCCUCACCAAAGAUUAACAGAUCAUCUGUGAGAUUGUUGAACAAUCCAAGGGAUCGUGUGGCUUGUUCUUCUAGCCCUGCAAUCACUGCGCAUUUGGGGCUGGAGGAGAGAGCAGCGAGGAGCUAUGGCCAUCUGGAUGGAAGCACAAUACAGCCUGAGUCUCUGCUUGUGAUGGCGAAGUGUCAGAGAUCUUUAGCUGGUGUACCAUUUUACUCAACUAAAAAUGGCACACUCGGUGUGUUUUCAGAUUAUCAACAGCCCUUGAUGCAGCCGCUUCCAUCUGAUCCAAAACGGCUAGAAAGAUUUUCUGAUCUUCAAAAGAGGACUGGAAUGGAACUCAUCUCGGGUUUCCAGCAGCCUGGUAGAGGCUCGCGGUUCGGGGGUGCCGGUAUCCUUGUUAGCGGUGUCUCAGACCCUGCGGCUGCCCUGAAGGCUCAGUAUGGUCCUGGUUCUAAGAUUAUGAGCAGUGAUGUUGAUCCAUGGAAGGACAUAGGAAACAGGUAGCAUCGGUAGUGGUAGCAGCAUUAGUGCAUGUGUUCUUGCUCCUUGUAUCAUAUUUAGUUUUGUAACUUAAAUGAUAUUAAAUGAGGGAAAGUGAAUGGCUUUCCUGUCCAUACUAUUGUAGGCUUUGCAGUAGCUGCUAUGUUAUGUGCUGGCAUUAACAUUUCUACCUUUUCUGCAGCUCCAUACUUUUGCUAGUUUCACUGUCAACAGUGGCACAGUGCUAUAGGUUUGCUAGAGGUGCUUCCACAGGCUGACUAGAUGUUUGUUGGUAGGGUUUUAUUUUGUCAGUUUACUCUGAAACCUCACAGAUCAUUGUAAUAUGGUAAUGCCUAACUCGAUAUCCUUGUCUGAUGGAGUUUUGAUUUAA